AUGGCUCAAGUAUAUCUCAUCUCAGGAGCAUCCACCGGCUUCGGCGCCCUGGCAGCUCGAGCCAUCGCCAAACGAGGCCAUACCGUCUUUGCAGGCAUGUACUCGCACAGCGGAAACACGAAAGAAUACGAAGACGCCAUUUCGCAGUUCGCCCAGCAGCACAAGGUGGACCUCCGGGCCAUUCCCCUUGACCUCCUAUCCCAAGCCUCUGUCGACGAAGCCGUGAGUCACAUCCUCAAAUCUACCGGCCGAAUCGAUGCCAUUGUCCACAACGCGGGCCACCUGUGCUGGGGCCCAUCCGAGAGCUUCAGCGCAAAGCAGCUGCUUCACUUGUACGACGUCAACGUCGUCGGCUGCCAGAGGCUGAACCAGGCCGCGCUGCCGCACAUGCGGAGGGCGCGAUCCGGCCACCUGAUUUGGAUCUGCAGCAGCUCGACGUACGGUGCCAAGUCGCCCAUGGCGGGCCCCUACUUCGCCGCAAAGGCUGCUCAGGAUGCGCUCGCGCAGUCGUAUGCGGCUGAGCUUGCGCCGUGGGGGAUCGAGACGACGAUCGUGCUGCCGGGGGUGUUUGUAAAGGGCACGAAUCACUUUAUCGAUGCUGCGAAGCCGGAGCUCAAAGAUGUGGAGGCAGAGUAUGAGAGUGGUCCUACGAAGGGCAUGGGCGAGGAGACGAUGACGGGGACGGCGCGUGUGGUGCCGCAGGAUGCCGAGCCGUCGCUUGUUGCGGAUGCUUUGGCUGACUUGUCGGAUGUGCCGAGGGGGAAGAAGCCGUUUAGGGUGUCUGUUGAUGUUGUGAUAGACGGAGGGGAUGUUGGUGCGGCGGUGAUAGAUAAUAACAAGGUGAAUGCGUAUCGGCGGAUGGGGCUGGAAAGGUAUGUGAAGGUGCAGUUGUGA